AUGUUGACGGUUGAGUUUAGUAGAGGGCGAGCGGUGCUUGGUGCGCGAGCAUGGCGGCGGCGGCCGGUGCGGAUCUGGCGGGCGACGGUGGGGCGCGAAAAAAGCGAGAUUAGCGGCUCGGCGGUCAGCGAGCAAGCCGGUGCGUUUCUGGUUAUUGCGAGCGCCUGUAAGAGCGUCGAGAAAAACGUUGAAGCGGGCAGUCGCACGCACGUAUUCUGUGCUGUGAACAGGGAAAAUCUCGUGAAACCAAAUCCUAUCCGUAGAGGUCGCGUUUAUGGCCACAGCGGGGUGGCACGCGUCGUGUUCGGAGCACGAGUGCGGUGCACGGAGCGGCGCGAAUCACACAAGCACAAGCGGAGUCGGCGGGCGACUGACGGGAGGCGAGUAGCGCGGCGCGGGGGCUGGCGGUGCGCGCGCACCCCGCACCCCGCGCGCUGCGCGCCCGCCCCGCGGCCCCCACUCGCCCCGCGACUGACGCCAGCCGGCCGCCUUAUCACAUCGCGCGUCGCGCCGCUUCCUUUCUCCUCAUGCAGUUGCGAUUGCGAGCUUUUCGCCACUGCCACACUUCCGCCCGCCCCGUCGAUUGUGUAG